GGUCGAAGCGCGUGCCCGUUGGAAAAAUGUUAGCUUUAAGAUGGUUUUGGGUGGUAUUGUGCAUCCUACCUGGAUUUUUGGAAGCGGCACGUAUCCUCGCUUUAUUCCCUCUUCCAAGCACUUCCCAUUAUAUAUAUGUCCUGCCUUACCUGAAAAGUUUGGCUUCUUUGGGCCAUGACGUGACCUCAAUUAAUGCGUAUCCAUCAAAGGAGCCUGUAAAAAAUUUUCGAGAUAUUCCAAUUCUAGAAGUAUUUGAAGGAAUUGAGGAAAUUAUAAAAUUAUUAACCACUCCCAUGAACACUUGGCAAGCUGUUGAAAUCUGCAAUGAGUAUAGCGUAAAUCUUACAAAAAAAGUAUUCAAUAACGAUGCCGUUCGGCGGGAAAUUCUAAAACCAGGAAAAGCCCAGUUUGACUUAAUAGUUGUGGAUCUUUGGCGGUCGGAUUCUUUUUAUGGCUUGGCAGCCUACUUUGAAGCUCCCAUAAUUGGAGUAGCACCCUUUGGAACCGAUUGGAAGAUCGAUGAAUUGGUGGGAAAUCCUUCACCCUUAUCCUAUCUGCAAUCGCCAUCUUACAAAUUUAGUUUGCCAGACACCCAGACAUUCGGAGGGCGCCUGUUCAACUUUGUGGAGCAGUCUAUCGCCUGGGUCAAUUGGAAGUGGCGUUACGCGGCAAAACAUGAAGCCCUCUAUCGAAAAUAUUUUCCAAAUAUCGCUGAUAAACGUUCUUUAUCGGAUGUGUCUACAGAUUUUUCGUUGAUAUUCGUUAAUCAGCACUUUACCUUGGCUCCACCGAGACCUUAUGUACCAAAUAUAAUUGAAGUGGCAGGAAUGCAUGUCCAGAAGGAACCCCAAGCGCUGCCCAAGGACUUGGAAGAAUUCAUCCAAGGAGCUGGGGAGGAUGGCGUAAUUUACUUUUCCCUGGGCACCAAUAUUAACAGCACAGAGUUUUCGGAGGAACGAAGGAAUGUAAUUCUUCAGGCUUUCUCAAGUUUGCCGCAACGGGUACUUUGGAAGUUUAAUGAAGAGAAUCUCCCGGAUAAGCCAUCUAAUGUCUUUAUUAGCAAAUGGUUCCCCCAACAAGAUAUCUUGGCGCAUACAAAGGUGAGGCUUUUUAUCACCCAUGGAGGCUUGCUCAGCACCAUUGAGAGCAUCCAUUACGGCAAGCCUUUAUUGGGAUUACCCUUCUACCACGAUCAAUUCCGCAAUAUGGAGUAUGUUAUGCGUCAAGGUCUAGGUUUGGCUUUGGAUUUAAAGAAAGUGACAGCCGAGGAGCUUAAGUCUAAUAUUCUUCGAUUGCUUACGGAGAAAUCUUUCGAUGAUAAGGUCAGGACCACCUCGGCCCGGUAUAAGGACCAGCCCAUGUCCCCACUGGACACGGCUAUAUGGUGGACUCACUACGUCCUGCGCCACAAAGGAGCGCCUCAUAUGCGAGUCCCUGGCAGAAAACUGGAUUUCUUUACUUAUCACAGUCUGGAUGUAUUGGGCACAUUGUUUGGUGGAAUUUUAUUAGUUCUAUGCAUAGUGGUCAUUUGCAUAGUUCUGUGUGUGAAAAUGUGUAUUAGUCCGCGUAAAGUUACCAAAAGUACUAAUAAUAUUAAGAAAAAAUUAAAAAAGCGAUAG